CAUAAUUGUGGUGUUGCACAAUGUAUCUGUUAGUGUUACUCGUGGUCCUUGGCGUAGUGUAUGCAUAUUGCUGGUGGAAGCCGCGGUCACCGCCCACAUACCCAGGCCAGCUACCGAUCAUUGGACAUAGCCACAUUUUGUUUAAGCACCGGAAUGAUAUCUGGGUAUAUUUUAGUAAAGUUGUUGAAUACAUAUCGGAAAAUGGAGGAUUUUUUCAAUUUAGGGUGGGUCCUCAUAUAAUGUAUGUUGUGGACGACCCAGAAUCUGUUGGCAUCAUAGCAAACACGUGUUUGGACAAACCGUAUUUUUAUAAUUUUAUGGAUGAUUUACUAGGAAAUGGAUUGAUAACGUUAAAUGGAGAAAUGUGGAAGAUACACCAUAAAUUAUUAAAUCCAGCGUUCAGUCAGCAUGUGCUGAAUACGUACCUAAAUGAAAUGGACGCACAAGCUCAAAAUCUUGUCUCACAAUUGACAACAGUGGCGAAGAAGGGACCUGUUAAUAUCACAGAGUUUUUAGGUCAAUUCGUGCUUAGAACAGUUUGCCGUACGUCAUUGCGGCUGGAAGUUAAAGAUCAAGAUAUGAUUGAUAAUGAGUAUGCGAAAGCGAUUGAAGAAAUAGAAGCCAUUAUAAUUCGUCGCGUUUUAAAUCCAAUAUUACAUUUUCCAUUUUUAUUCAAAUUGACAGCAAUGUAUAAAAGACAAAUAAAACUAAGUCACAAUAACAAGAAACUAAUGGAUCCUAUAAUUCAUAAACGAAAAUCUGACUUAAUUGCAACCAAACGUACAGUUAAUGAUAAUGAUGAUUCGGUACCAGGUAAAUUCAAACCUGCACUGGAUCUAUUGCUGCAUUUAUCUGAUGAACAAUACGUCCUCUCCGACGAUGACAUCAGGGCGCAUCUGAAUACUUUCGUGGCAGCUUCUUAUGAUACAACUUCAGCAGCACUACAAACUAUCUUGUUAGUGCUCGGAUCAUAUCCUGAGAUACAGGAACGAAUAUAUAAUGAGAUUCAAGAUGUUCUCAAAAAUAGAGACCGGUUGACUAAACACGACAUCACGAAGCUCGUAUACUUGGAUGCAGUAAUUAAAGAAGUAUUGAGAAUGUAUAAUAUAGUUCCUCUUAUCGCGCGAAAAAUUGACACUGAUAUUGUUCUCCCCAAAUAUACUUUACGAGCUGGAAGUUCGUGUAUCAUGUCGAUAUAUGGCCUUCACCGACACUCCUCGUGGGGACCGGACGCGAAGCAGUUCAAACCGGAGCGAUGGCUGAAUCCCGCUACUUUACCUACUAACCCCAACGUAUACGCAGCGUUUGGUAUUGGCAAACGAAUGUGCAUCGGGAAACAGUACUCCAUGAUGUCCAUGAAGACGUCGCUUGUGCAUAUUCUACGAAAGUUUCGUGUUUCUGCUGAUAUCAGUACUUUAAAGUGGAAAUAUGCAGUCACACUAAGAGCAAAAGCACCUCUUAUUGACUUAACAUUAAGGUCGCAAAUUAAUUAAUAAAGGCUAUUAAUAAAGGCCAUUAUGUAUGUUAGGAAAAAUCUAAACUUGUUUGACAAAGUGUCUGACAGACAUAAUUAUGAAACUAGACAUAAGGAUAGAUUGAGCCAGCCAUUCUUUAGAUUGACAAAAAUAAGUAAGUCGUUCAUGGGAUUCGGUGUUAAAUGUUAUAACAAAAUUCCAGAGGAAAUAAAACACCUAAAUGAAAGACAAUUUAAAGUAUGUAUUAAAAAAACGAUGUGUAGAUUAGCAUACUACAAAUUGAAUGAUUAUAUAGAGGAUAAAAAUGCUUGGAGGCAGGCUGGUCCAGCUCCACAGUGU